UAUUUUUAAGUGUACCGUUGAUCACGUGAUAUGACGUCAUGAUGUGCGGCGCUUACUGACGUUACCAGAAAAAUCGAUCCAAGAUGGCUACCCUCUCGAGUGACGUUGUAUGAAGCAACUUGUUGUGGAAGAAGUGCAGUGAGCAUCCCCCAAAACCAAGGUGACUCAAAUGUUAAUUUAGGCUGUAACCUAUUUUUCACCAUUUCUUUUAUUUUCUAAUUCCAUUUCUAAUUCAUUAGCAUAUACAUCUAGCCUUACACUAUCUCUUGAGCUAAUAUUUUUGAAUAACAAGUUAACGUUAGCCACCCUCUAAAGUGGAACAACAUGGUUUCUGUGUUGUCAGAUAAAUUCAUUUAAAUGUUUAUAAAGAGCGGAAGCAGACACAUUCUAUGUGAUUUCAUAAUAUCAAAGCAUAAAGCAGAUAAUACCCCACCUGUAUUUUGAAAUCUGAUAAUAUUGUUAUUUGCACUCUUGUUCUAGAUCAAUUAUUUUAGGCAGUCAGCAGUGAAUGUAUGGACACUGAAGACUUUGAUCUUUUUUGCAAAGUGAGUUGUAAUGGUAUCUAUAUUACCCAGUCGUUGCCAAUUAUUUUUGCUUGUCUUAAAGAGCCUGGAAGUGUGAGUGGAUGGUAUGGAUGGAAAAUGAGCCUGAAAUUUAAAAUGGGGGAUUAUCGUGGCAAGCUGUCAAGAUCUGGAUGUUUGGAGGUGUCUGUCAACGCAGGGAGAAAGUCAGGCCAGUUUGGAAGAAAUGAGACUGCAGAUUAUGGACGAAGUUCAGAGGAGUCAGCAAAACCUACGCUUGAUAGAAUAGCUAAUGCAGAAGACCUUUGCCCUUCGUCGCCUGGAGAUAAUUCAGGAAAACCCACAGGUGAAGGACUUCUUGGGGAAAUGGCCUGCUUUACGGAUUGAAUCACAGCUUUGUGCUGAGUUCCAACGCAUCACAAACGUCAACCUACGGAACCAGUUCUAUGCUGUGCUUGACCAACAUACACCUAGACUGAUGGCUUUGUAUAGACAGAAGGCGGCACGAACCGGAAAGAUAUCAGAGGCGCUGCGUGACAUCUUAAAGAUUUAUGAACUCCAGGAAGUGCACAAUGUCAAUAUGAAGCGUACUUUAGCCCUUAGUGCCCUCCCGGUAUACCUGCGUGAGGAGGACCCACAGUUCUUCAAAACCUGGAAUGUGGAGGAGUCAGAUGAGCCAGGCAUCAUUGACACUCCUGUUGCUCUCGUCACAGCAGUCACAGAGGACACUGCAGAUCCAGUUAAUUUCAGUCCUGCAAGUAUUUGUAUUGUUGUGGAAGACGAUGUUACGAUGAGUGAUAUCCCUAACUUGGCUGAUGCAUUUGCAUUGUUGAUUGGGUUGAUGUAUGCAUUGCAUUUGGACUAUCCCAAGAAACUCAUUAACACUUUUACUUUUGUCCAGAAAAUCAUAAUGGGUCUUGAUGAUGGUAAAGCACUUAAACCCCGCCUACUGAGUCUCAAAAAUGACCUGUUAAUGGAAUAGUAGGAUAACUUAACAGUUGUGUUUACAAAAAAAUACACAGUUCUUUUUUUAUAUUUUGUUUUUUUAGGUUUUUACAAAAAGGAUAGAUUUGAUGUCCUGAUUUUGGGUUUUGAUAAAUUUAUUUAUUUAUUUACUUUUUAUUUGAUUGAUGGU